AUGGCUCAGUCGCCGGCUCGUUCCUCUGCUUCCUCCGAUGAGCCCUCCAACGCUGAUCCUCCCAUGCCGGCGUCGGCCGCCGUCGUUCAGACGGUGAACAUCCGUUCCCAUGUCCCCAUUCUCCUCGACCUCCUUGACUCCAAUUAUAGCCAAUGGCGCUGCCUCUUCAAUUCGGUGCUCGGUAAAUUCGGCCUUGACGACCAUGUCCGCUUCCCCGCGCCCAUGAUCCAGCGCACUGCCGAAUGGCGUCAAAUCGACAGCGCCCUCGUCAACUGGAUCUACACCACCAUCUCCAAACCCGUCUUCACCCUCGUCCACAAGCCUCGCAUCACGGCGUUCUCCCUCUGGUCCGACGUCGAGAGCCACUUCCGCGACAACAAACUCGAGCACGCCGUCCUCCUGGAGGCCGAGUUCCGUGCCGUCCAGCAGGGCGAUCUCUCCAUCCAAGACUACUGCACCAAGCUCAAGCGCCUUGCUGAUCAGCUGCGCGACGUCGGCCACCCCGUCUCCGAACCCAGCCAAGUUCUUAAUCUCCUCCGUGGCCUCAGUCCCAGGUAUCGCCAUGUCAAGCCGGUGAUCAAAUCAAAGUCCCCACCCCACACUUUCCGCAGUGCUAUGUCGUACCUGCUCCUGGAGGAAGCCAGCGACGACCACGACGCCAAGACGCAGGCUAGCCACGCCCUCUACGCCGGCCGCGGCGACUCCUCUGCGCCCACCACCAGCUCUGGCGGCUCCAACGAUUCCGACCCCCGGUCCGGUUCCGGGGGCGGCUCCAACCGCUCCAAGCGCAACGCCAGGCAGCGCUCCAAGGGCUCCAACUCCGGCUCCGGCGGCACGCCUCCGGCGGGGGGCAGAUCCAGCGCUGCCGCACCAUCGCAGCGCCCUCCCGCGGGCUGGCCGUCUGGGUACAACCCGUGGACUGGGCUUGUCCAGGCCUAG